GUUUAUACCCUGCACACUUUUUCACAGGCAAGCACAAGAUGCCCCAUUGCUUUUCUAUCCAGCAUGUAAAUAAACGACAUUUGUGACAGUUGAUUGACAGGUAGUAAUCUCAAAUGCACAUUCUGCAACCGAAGACUGAUUACGUAUCUAGUACUAGCUGCUUUACCUUCGCGAUUGCUUGUAUUUUGGUGUGAUUACGCUAUAAGCAGAAGCUUUGGGGUUCCCGCCCCCGCGUGUGGUUGCUGUGCAUGGCAUGUAAAGUCCCUGGGAUUUGUAGUCCAAGCGCACUUACUCGUGCACAUUUGUGUAGUCCUCAAAGACACACAUAUAAGCAGAAUAUAUGUCAUUUAAAGACACUAUACGCGUUUUAACAUUAAAUUUAGACGUUAACGAUCACAAACAGUUCAAAAAGCAGCUGAGAGCCGACAGAAUAAAGUACAACUGAACUUAUUUCUGACAAGACUGUCAAGUAUAUCCCGAAAUGCCAUAAGCUGGAAACGAGCUGUGCUUAAGAGCACAGCGCCUCAAUGAUUGGUCUGUGACGGAGAGUGGGCGUGGCUUGUCACCACGCGUCUGAACGCCUAUAAAUAAGUGCGCUCAGCUUCAGACUUGCAUCUCACACUUGACUGCGCACCUCGAAGAGAGAUCCUUCCCAGCAUACCUUAAAGAAGAGAACUUGGAUCUUUACUGGAUUAUAUCAUCCCUGAUAUAAGCUUUUGUUUGGAGUACCCGUGCAAUGAAAAUCCUCGGAGAGACUGAGACCAUUAAAAUGGACAGAAAGCUGUUAAAACCUCAGGUAGAAAGAAGAAGAAGAGAAAGGAUGAAUCGGAGUCUGGAGAACCUGAGAGCUCUGCUUCUGCAAGGCCCUGAGCACAAUAAUCCCACUCAAAGGAGAAUAGAGAAAGCAGAGAUCCUGGAAUACACCGUUCUGUUUUUGCAAAACUCUGUCGCUCAGGCCAAGAAAGCAAACGAUGUGGAAGCAGCAGAAAAGCGUCAGUUUAUGGACGGCUUUUCGUCGUGUCUUCAGAAAGCGGCCCGUUUCUUGUCAGAUGAAGGUAAGGCCCAUGGACUGGAAGGCUCAGUAACCGCAACACUGUGUCAGCGUCUGACCCAGCCCUGCGUGUCGUCGACCACCAUCCGACUGCCUGUCAGAAUCCAGAACUCGUCCAGAAGGCCGGUUCCAGAUUCAAAUGUGCAGCAUCAUCUGCAGCAGAGCUCUCUUUGCAAACAAGGACUUCCAUCAGCUUGCAGGACCGUUGUGCCACAUGCUAACAGGACUGCAUUCAGAAGCACAGACUCCAACACACUGCAUUCGACAGCACGAUCAACCUCUCAACACCAGACACCCGUCAGCCAGACGGUCUGGAGGCCUUGGCCUUGAGAGAAAUGAAAGACAUUUGCAGAGAAAUGGACUCAAAAUAACGGGCUUGUGUAAUAAUUAGACAUGCAUCAUCUGAGGAUGCAGAGAGACAUGAUUAUUUCCAAAAAAAAAUGUUGUGCAUUGAUUUUUAUCAUUUGGCAUCACAUUGGAAAUGUAAAAUGUGUAAAUAGUGUAUAAAUUAUGCAAUAUAUUUUUACACAGAUUUUUUUUUCUUUUCUUUUUUGCAUGAUCUGUACUGAGUGUAUGAUCAUUUGUAAUACAUAGCUGAUGUAUGUAUUUAUCUAUUUUGCACAUUAAUUUAUUCAUGACAUUCCCUUUUCUUAAUAGUUGUAUAUUUGGGGGAUUGAAACAAAUACAUUCCAUCAUUAAAAU